AAAAGGGAGGGAACAAUUAGCUUGGAUUCGACAAUGAUGAUGGAAGUUAUUAUUGUUGUAGUAAAUCGAGGUUGUUGUUUAACUGUUGCUCCUCUUUGUUGAUAUAAAUCUGCGCAUUCAAUGUAAUCAUCUUCAUCAUCAUUUCUCUUCUUAUUUUUUUUUCUUCUUUUCCUCUGGCACAAAAGUGAUUCCAACAAAAUGAUGAUGAUGAUUUAACCCUUGGAAAAAAAAAUUCGUUUUAGUUGUGUAAAAGUUUCACUUUCCAACUAAAUCAGAUUCCAUUAGUUGUUUCAUCUCCUCGGUGGUUUCAUGUUGCCAUCAAAUUUUCACCUUCCCUUUGGUGUAUUAGUUACUUAUUAACAAUAAUAAUCUGCAACUUUUUACAAUUAACUUUGUGUACCAUUUGAUUAUCGUUUUGUUUUAUCAUUUACCAUAUUCAUCUUAAUCAUCAUAUCCAGUAAUUGUUUGUCUGUUUCAACCAAUCAAACUGUAUAAAAACUGAUCAGCAGAAAAGUGAAUUGUUUAACCAUUAAAUUAGUGAUUAUUUGAUUAAUGCCAAGAGAGAGAGAGAGAGGACAAAAAAACAAUCACCAAUUUGAUCCAUUAAAUUUACCAGAAAUUUUGGUUAAUCAUCUUCGUAUAUAAAUUAAGUUAAUCUUUCAAGAGAUUUAAUAGAUUCAUCAAAAUAUCACUUAUGAAAUCUCUUCGUAUCUUGGCCCUUGGAGCUAAAUCCGUUGGUAAAUCAGCAAUUGUUGUCCGGUUUCUAACUAAACGUUACAUAGGCGAGUACCAGACUGAUUGUGAUAUUCUCUAUAGACAAGUUGUUAAUUGUGAUGACAUUCCAACAAAUAUUGAGAUUCUAGACUUUUCAAGAAAUUAUCAGGAGGAGAAACUAUUGAAAUAUGAUGACCUUAAAGAUCAAAUAAUUUGGGCUCAAGCAUAUGUAAUAGUGUACGAUAUAUGUGAUGAAAGGAGUUUCAUAAGAGCUCAACAUUAUGUUAAAUUGAUUAGUAAAAUUCGUGGUUUAACAAGCUUCCAAGCUCCAAUUGUGCUUUUAGGAAAUAAACGGGAUCUUGAAAUUGGCCGUAAGGUUAAUCUAGAAGAGGGUCGGAGUAUAGCCUACAAAUUUGGGACACAAUUUUAUGAGGUAUCUGCUGCUGAAAAUUAUGUCGGUGUUACCACGGCUUUCAAUGGAUUAAUCAAAGAGGCGAGGUCAUUUUAUGAGCACUUCAAUGGGUCCACCACAGUAACAUACCAGCCUGGUCAGGCAAUCAAAAAGUUGAGCUUAAACUCAGUGACCCGAGCCUUUGGUGCAGUUUUUGGGAAAAAUAGCCCUGGGGCAUCACAGUAUUACACAAUAAUUAGGGAUGGACGGGUCAGUUUACCAGGUGAAACACCAUCAGCUGAUGAUAAACACCGAAGGUCAAACAGUAUAUCACAAUCAAAUAAUAACAACCAUAACAACAACAAUAAUAGUCAACCGAAUAUAAUCAAUUCUUGUAAACAAAAGAAAGAGACAAUUCUGGAAACUGCUCAUAAACGCAGUCCACCAAUAGCAUCAUUAUAAUUGUCGACAAUUUAACACCGUCACCAUCAACAAUUAACUCGGAAAUCAUGAUUACCUUUUAACUAAUCAACUGAUUGUUUUUAUUACUACAAUUUUCACCCGAUUAUCCCGAAACAUUGAGAUAAUCACAAUCAUCUGUAAAUAGGAAAUAUUUUUUUCCCCAAAUCAAGAUUGAUGUAUGACAUUUAAUUGUUACAAUUAAUCAACGUAAUGAUUUUUUUUUGUAAAAUUCACAAUUGUUAAAUUCUGUUGAUUAAGAAAAAAAUGUAAUUUUCUCAUUUUCCUAUUUCUAUUAUGAUUAUUAUCAUUAUUAUUAAUUGUACAACUUUAUUAAUUAUGUUAAAUUGACAUUUCUUACAAUCUCAAAGUUGAUCUCAUCUCUAAAUUGUAAAAAUAAUAUAUAUAAAUUGAUUAAAAUCUAAUUUAAUACAAUCA